UGAGGACCGGAACACUCAUGUUGUGUCCUUGUGGAAUAACGAGGAAUAAGAACGUGUGUUGGGUUUAGUGUGUGUUUCUGUUUUCUCGUCACCAGGUUUAAUUUUAAAAGAGCCUGUCAUGCCUCUUCAUAAAUACCCUCCCAAAAUGUGGGAAGCUCUGAAAAUGAAGCAGGGCAUCUAUGCUCGUCUCCCUAAACACUACCUGAAGUCCCUGGAGAAGAAGGAGCCCACGCCUGUCCACUUCAGACCGCUGGGAGUUCAGUACCGAGCCAACCCAGUGACUGGGCACAAGGAACGUGUGCAGGACGUCCCGAUCCCCAUCUACUACCCCCCCGAAGCCCAGGACGGCCUGUGGGGAGGGGAGGGCUGGAUAAGUGGCUUCAGAUACGCCAACAAUGACAAAAUGUCCAAUCGUCUGAAGAAAACCUGGAAACCACAGCUGUUCAAAAGAGAGUUGUACAGCGAAAUCCUGGAUCACACAUUCACCAUCACUGUCACACCUCGCACUCUCAACCUCAUAGAUGCUGUCUAUGGCCUGGACUUUUAUAUUCUCAGAACACCAAAGGAAGACCUGAACUCCAAAGUGGGAAUGAACCUGAAGAGAGCAAUGCUGCUUUGCCUGGUGCGCAGAAACACAGAGCUUUACCCCAAUGACCCUGUCAAAAGAGAGAAGGUUUACAGUAAAUACAAGCAGUUUGAGAGGCCAGAGGAGGAGGUGGAGUGGGUGGGUCUGAGUCUGGAGGAGGCUGUGGAGAAACAGAGGCAGCUGGAUCACAAGGAGCCCGAGCCUCUUUUUAAGGUCUGUGUGGACGAGCUGGUGGAGAAGCUGCGCCUCCAACAUCUCUCAGAGCCACUCGUCAUAGAGAAGAAGUGACGACCACAAAUCAUCUGACAAGGACAGGAGCAGCUCUUCAGACUGAAACCAUUAAGCAGGUUGUACUGUCAAGCAUCAGGAGAUGGCAGCGGGAUUUGGAGUCGCAUGGUUAUUCCUUCGGGUGGAGACCUGGACGACUUUCUGAUGUUUCAGUUCGGAGCAACUCAAAGGAUGCAGCCACCUUGAACUAAAGCUAAUUUAUUGUUUCAGUUCUCCGUUUCCACUUGCAUCUAAGACCCAUAAGUGAGACAUUCAGGAGAAAAGAGAACAGCCACAAUCAGUGUAAAUACUCCCGGACCAGCUGAGAUAAAGAGCCUUGUAUGGAAGAUGGAAAAAAUAAAUAUAAUCCCUGUUUUCUUAAAA